AUGGCCUCAGAUCAGUUUAACACUCUUCUUCAACAAAUAUCAACACAACAGGAACAAGCAGCUGCUACCUUGCCACAAGUUGUCUAUAAGCAAGAAGGUAAACAGUUCCCGGAGCCAGACUUGUAUAAGGGAUGGAAUUGGAAGAAAUACUGGGAAUUUAUUCAAGCAUGUGAGAGUUAUCUCAAGGCAAAAAGCAGGAUCUAUGCUGCUGAGAAGGAAAAGAUCAAAUAUGUAGCAGCUAGGUUGUGGGACAAUCUCCAAGCCUCAUGGGAUUUGGAAAGGGAGCAUAUUGAUUGGAAUGCAUUCACCUUCAAUGGUCUUAAAACAAAACCAUUGGACUGGAUUGAAGCUCCAGAGAAUUGCAGGUGUACAGCAGCAAGAAGGAUGACAGCUCUACACUUUUGA